UAAACAAGCUGUUGUCGGCCAUCCCUAAGUUUAGGUGGUUGAAUUAUUUGCAAUUUUCAUCCAAUCGCGCCAAACGCUGCGCAUUCCGCGACUUUCGAGAAACUGACACGAAGCCAAGCUCAAAAUUCCUUGUUAAACUGUUGAGAUGAGCGAGUUGAAUGCCAAAGAUGGUGCCCACGAGGUCGACGAGGCCAAUCCACUGGAGCAGUCGACCAUUACGAUGCUGGAUGUCCUGGAACAGGAAAAGGAGCUGGAGGACGAAUACGCCGCAGUGCUGGGCGCCUCCGAUGAGAAGUCCUGCACUUACGCCAAGGGCGCCAUCGGUCGGCAGGCCCUGUACUCCUGCCUCACCUGCUGCCCCGAGGCUCGCGAGGAUCUGGACAAGGCGGCAGGAGUCUGCUUGGCCUGCUCCUACCGCUGUCACGAGCACCACGAACUGGUGGAGCUCUAUACCAAGCGGAAUUUCCGCUGCGACUGUCCCACCCAGCGGCUGGGCAAGUGCUCCCUGAACCCACAAGUCGAGGGCAUUCAACCGCGCAACGUGGGCAAUCUGUAUAACCAGAACUUCCAGGGGUUGUACUGCAAGUGCAGGCGACCCUAUCCCGAUCCCGAUCGCACCGUUGAGGAGGUAAUGCUGCAGUGCGCCAUCUGCGAGGACUGGUUCCACUUGCCGCACAUGAAAGCGCCCGGUGCCAGCGAGAAGUGGCUGGAUGUCUGCAGCGAAAUGAUCUGCGAUGGCUGCAUGGAUGCCAAGCCCUUCCUAAAGGACUACGCUGGACUAGCGCUGCAGCCUGUGGUAGAUGAUGUAAAGGAGGCCAAGCCGGAGGCUGAGGAUCACCAGCUGAAGAACGAGUUGGAUCGCAGCAUCUGCGAUAUCAUGAAAGUCCCUGAAGGCGAAUCUCAGCCAGAAGAGGGCGAACCCAGCCAGAAGCGCGCCAAACUGGAGGAUUGUCGCAGGCCCAAACCAGCCAAGCAGCACCAGGGAGCCGCUUUCUGGACUAAUGACUGGCGAAAAUCGCUCUGCCAGUGCUCUGAAUGCCUGUCGCUGUACAAGGAACUCGCCGUGGAGUUUCUGCUGGACGCCGAGGACUCGGCGAAGACGUACGAGGAGCGCGGCAUGAAGCGGGCGGAAGAGAAUUCCAGCUAUGAACAAGGAAUCCGGGCACUGGCCUCCAUUGACCGGACACAGCAAAUCGAUGCGAUUACCGAGUACAACCGCAUGAAGGACAAGCUAAAGGAAUACCUGCAGGCAUUCGCCGCUAGCAAGAAGGUAGUGACCGAGGAGGACAUCAAUCGUUUCUUUGCCGGCAUGCGCAAUGAGAAUAAUGCCAACCUGGGUCAGCCCUAUUUCUGCCGCUAAACAGUUACCACUCUAAAUUAUUAUAGUAUUACCCACAUUCCCCCAUGGAAGAGAAACAUACAUACAUACAUCAUGUAAAUUCCUAAGUUAUUUUUUAUUGAAACAAUUUACUUUAUAUUCAACUUACUUGUGUCAACAACAAAAAGUCGUAACAAGGCAUAGGGCAAUGAGAUUCGCAUUUCCCUCUAUCUGCUAUCUAUCCAAACAAAUUUAUGUACAUCGCGGUGAAGUAGAAUUAUAUAAGACAGGCUUUCUGUUGAAGUUCAUCUUGGAUUGAGACCUUUUUACAUAGCUCUAAUUGGUUAAUUUCCGGUAUAUUUUAUGAAUAUAUGUACACUAGUAUUUAGCAAA